GAUGUACAAUUCAGGCCACCACCACCACCACCACAAGCAAGGAGCACCAGUCUCACCAGAUAGUGCCGCAGCAGCAGACGUUUUUGAGCAGCUGUGCACUGCCUCCACCUUUAAGUCAGUUCUCUACCACUACCGCCUCUUGUGCGAUGUCCUCAGGCUCAAACCCACCAACUUCAGAAACUUCUAUCCCAAGCUUAAGUCAAAACUCCGGUCUUGGAAAGCACAAGCAAUAUGGAGUAAAUUUGAUAAACGGUCUAGUCAUAAAUGCUACAAUCAUGGCAAGGCCUGCACUAACAGUAAGGUCCUGAUUAUCGGAGCAGGUCCCUGUGGCUUGCGCACUGCCAUUGAGGCUCAACUUCUUGGUGCAAAAGUUGUGGUGGUGGAGAAGAGGGACCGUUUCUCUCGAAAUAAUGUCUUGCAUCUCUGGCCUUUUGUCAUCAACGACCUCAAGCAAUUGGGGGCUAAGAAAUUCUAUGGCAAAUUCUGCGCGGGAGCAAUCGAUCACAUCAGUAUACGGCAACUUCAAUGUAUACUGCUGAAGGUAGCAUUGCUGUUAGGUGUGGAAAUCUAUGAAAAUGUAAGCUUUGAAGCGCUCACAGAACCUCCAGAGGACCAGAAUGAAAAAAUUGGAUGGCGAGCCAGACUCAGCCCGGCAGACCAUCCUGCCAAUCAGUAUGAAUUUGAUGUCCUGAUUGGUGCAGAUGGCAAAAGGAAUACUUUACAUGGAUUCAAGAGAAAGGAAUUUCGUGGCAAAUUGGCCAUUGCUAUUACAGCAAAUUUCAUCAACAAACGCACAGAACUUGAGGCUAGAGUGCAGUAAUAACGUGAAAUCAGUGGAGUAGCUUUCAUCUUUAAUCAGAAAUUCUUCAAGGAGCUAUAUGCAGCUACCGGCAUUGACUUAGAGAACAUUGUGUACUACAAAGAUGAAACACACUAUUUUGUGAUGACAGCAAAGAAACAGUCACUUAUUGAAAAGGGAGUCAUUUUACGCGAUCUUCAAGACACUCAACAGCUUUUACAUCCAAGCAACGUAGACCGGAAUGCUCUCAUGGAAUAUGCUCGUGAAGCAGCAGACUUUUCCACAAGCUAUCAGCUGCCACAUCUGGAUUUUGCUGUUAAUCACUAUGGCAAGCCUGAUGUGGCAAUGUUUGAUUUCACAUCCAUGUUUGCAGCAGAGAAUGCUUGCAGAAUGGUGGAGAAGAGAGGACAUAAGCUCCUCUCUGGGCUUGUAGGAGACAGCUUGCUAAGGUAAUGUUUUCCUUUCUGGCCAACGGGGUCAGGCUGUGCUCGAGGCUUUCUAAGCAGUUUCGAUGCUUGCUGGAUGAUUCGCUCAUUUUCAUCGGGGAAAAUGAUGCCUUUAGAGGUGCUUGCAGAGAGAGAGAGCAUUUAUCGGCUUCUUGCACAGACUACUCCUGAAAAUCUCAGUAAAGAUCACUCUUCCUAUAGCUUGGACCCAGCAUCAAGAUACCCAACCAUUAACCUGCGCGCGGUGCUUCCCUUCCAAGUGCGCACUCUGUUCAACACUGACGACCCUGUUCAUCUGGAGGAGAUAACGAACCCGCAUCUGGUCAAUAAUGAUGAGUUGCCGAAGAAGAGGAAACGUAGAGAUUCAUUUAUACAUCCCGAUACCUUACUCAUUUGGUGCAAGAAACAAGUGGCGCUUUAUGACUCUAUCAGUAUUGAAAAUAUGACCACCUCCUUUAAGGAUGGUCGGGCUUUGUGUGCUAUUAUUCAUCGCUACCGUCCUGACUUGAUUGAUUUUGAGGCUCUGCGACCUGAGGAUAUUGCUCAAAAUAAUCAGCUAGCAUAUGAUAUCUUGGAGAGGGAUUUUGGCAUCCCACCAGUAAUGACUGGACGAGAGAUGGCAGAGUGUGAGAUUCCUGACAAAUUAAGCAUGAUUUCAUACGUCUCUCAAAUCUAUGAUGUCUUCCGGGGGGAAAUUCCCCAUAUAAAACAUCCAAAAAUGGAUGAUGGAGAGAUGGAAAUUGAACAAUCCCAUAUCCAACACAGCACGCCUCAUGUCAACAUCUUGAAAAAUCUCACAAACAAAACAGCCAAUGUGUCUCAGGGUACACCAACCUCUAAGAAGAGAUCGACGUUAGAAAGAGGAACUGCUAAAAGAGAUGAUGGUCGCAUCACGUGUCGCUUGAUGGAUGAUGCAGGUGGCCAAGGCGGGAAGUCAGACACACUCAAGAAGACAAAGAAACGAAGGAGUGAUAGGGUUGUAUCUCCACAGGAGAGACAGGGGCGUGAGGAGCCACAGAGGAAAGCCUUAGUGGACCACAAAGAAGAAUUCUCUGACAAGGUCAGAGAUCUUGAAGCCAAAUUUACUGCCAACUCUUCUUCUCAAGCCUCUGAUAAAAAGCCAAAGGACCUGAUUCGUGCCAUUGGUAAGAUUGAGAAGUCUGACUGGAAUAUGGUGGCUAUAGAGAAGAAGAUGCAUGAAGAUAGAUUUGGCAUGGAAGUACAAAAAGAAAGAGAAAGGGUUCCCAAGUGGAACAGAGAUGCAUACGAUGACAAGGCCGACAAGUUCCAAAAUAUUGAGAGGCGGCUAAGAGAAAAUGGUGAAGAUGAAGAGACAAUUGCCAAAUACAGGGAUAUUGAUGCCUCUCUGAAGCGCUUAGAAAUGAAGUUGCGCGAGGGAUCCACACUCGAGACAGGCCUGCGUGGACAGAAUAAGGUGUCUAACCUAGCAUCUCAGCUGUCUUCCAAGUGGGAAAGGAAGGAGACAGAGAAGAUCCCAAUUACCCGACAACCAUCAAGACCAAUGGUGCCCUUGCCAACUUCUGGAUCUGAUUUGUGCCACUUCUGUGGUAACCGUGUGUAUCUUGUGGAGAGAUUGAGUGCUGAAGGAAAGUUCUUCCAUAGACAGUGCUUUAAGUGUGACUACUGUGCUGCUAAUCUUCGCCUUGGUAAUUAUAUAUAUGACCGUGAGGGAACAUAUGGAGGCAAGUUCUUCUGCAUACCCCACUUUGGUCUAACCUCAAGAGCCAGAGGUGUAAGGCGGAAGGUUGAGGACACAGACAGUGCCAAAGAAAACAUUGUACCACCUGCUGCUUCAAGCACACCACAACCUAAAGUCCAGGUUAGUCCUUUGUUGCAGUAUGUUGUUAAGAUAUAUAGUAACUAUGGAUGUAGGCUUAUAUACAUCUCUGUUCUUCAGGAUUUCUCUAUUACUUCACUUUUAAGCUUUAUUAAGAUUAAUGAACUGCUAUUUUUAUUUAACUUUCUAUACCAAGUGUAUGUAACCAUUGAAUACAAGAGCUGUGUUGUUUCAUGCAAAUAAAUAUUGUAUUGAUGAUAUCUGUAUCAUGAUUUCAGUUUUGUACAGAAGGGCAUUUUUAGAUAUAACAGUUUAGCAGUAUUGUUUUCAGCUGAACAGUGUUUUCUGUUUCUUCUUUAUAAUUGAUUCAACAGUUGAUCCAUGUCCAAAGUAAAAGUGGAAGAGAAGCCUAUUUAGAUAUAUAUUCUGACAUUGCUCUGCUCCUUUAGUGAUGUGUGAUUGGAAUCAUGUUGUUAGUUUGUCGUACUGUGAAUUUACUUGUGAAAGUAAUAAGAUGGGUGAAAGAAAUGAAAGAUAGGAGAAGUAACUCAUCAAAUAGAAAUUAACCCAAUAACACCAGGUAAAAAAAUUGGCAAGUGGACAUAGUUGCGGGUUUUUUGGCUUGCAUUGACAGUUUUUUUUGUUUGCACUCUGCGCAUUCAACAGUUUGCAGGCAA